CCCCUCCCCCCCUCCCCUCCCCGCCGGCGCUGGAGGAGGGCGGGCCCCCUCCCCGGGUCAGUCUCAGCCUCUGGCCCUGGCCGCGCAGCUGGAGGCGGCGGAGCGGAAGCCCCAGCCAUGGCUGCGAUCAGAAAGAAGCUAGUGAUUGUGGGAGAUGGAGCCUGUGGGAAGACCUGCCUCCUCAUCGUCUUCAGCAAGGAUCAGUUCCCAGAGGUCUAUGUCCCUACUGUCUUUGAGAACUACAUCGCGGACAUAGAGGUGGACGGCAAGCAGGUGGAACUGGCUCUAUGGGACACGGCUGGGCAGGAAGACUAUGAUCGCCUACGGCCUCUCUCCUACCCGGACACUGAUGUCAUCCUCAUGUGCUUCUCCAUCGACAGCCCCGACAGCCUGGAAAACAUUCCUGAGAAAUGGACCCCAGAGGUGAAGCACUUCUGCCCCAACGUGCCCAUCAUCCUAGUGGGGAACAAGAAGGACCUGAGGCAAGAUGAGCACACCAGGAGAGAGCUGGCCAAGAUGAAGCAGGAGCCCGUGCGAUCUGAAGAGGGCCGGGACAUGGCCAACCGGAUCAGUGCCUUUGGCUACCUGGAGUGCUCAGCCAAGACCAAGGAGGGGGUGAGGGAGGUAUUCGAGAUGGCCACUCGGGCGGGUCUCCAGGUUCGCAAGAAUAAGCGCCGGAGGGGUUGUCCCAUUCUCUGAGACCACUGAGGCCUCCCCUGUUCACCCCCCCCCUUCAUGGGGGUGCAGAAGCUCCCCACUUCCUGGCCCCACACUUGUUGAAGGAAGGCUUCCUUGUCAUUCCCUCCAGCCCAGGACUGCAUCUGAGUUUCCCCUGCCCCACCAGACCCCAGGGUGGUGGUAGGCUGGCCCUCCCUGCCCUUCCAGAGCAAAGUCCCUUGUCCUGUUGCCUUGGUCCAGGGGUGAGGCUCUUGAUCCCUCAGCCUUCCCCAGAGGAUCAUCACACACCAGCACUUUAUAUACUUUGGGCUCACAGGAGUGUCUGGGGUAGGGGACUUGGAGGGUGUAUGUCACCCAGAGCCCCGGGUCCCUGGCAUUUAUGCUUUGGUUGGGGACCUUGCCUCUGGCUGUACUUGGUGGAAGGCAUGAAUAAAGGCCACAGGUUCCAACGUG